AUGAGACAAAACAAAUGUUCCUUCAAAAAACGUUGCUGCUUUGGUCUGUUUGUUUGUUUUAUUUUUUCAGACAGACAACUUUGCCUAAAAAUUAAAAGGGUUACAGACUUCGAGUUCGUGGUUUGACGGAAAUUAGGCCAAAAGAUGGUUCUGAAUUCUCCAUCCUUAACAUAAAUUUAAACUUUUGGUCCAUACAUAUUACCGUAGGAAAUGUGUGUGCUUGUCGAUAGCUCGCAUCAGUACUUUAUCUUUAAGUAACUAUAAUUGGUUGUUAGGCGGCUUUUGAUAAUUACGGGACAUAAAUCAACUAGACACUUUUCACUUCAGGUCAUCUUUAAUGCUUAUUAGCUACAAAUUUAAGGUUUCACGCUAGCAUAUGGAUCAAUAAUUGACACACAAAGAGAUAAGAAAUGAAACUAAGACUCGAGUGCUCAUUGGUUCAACUUUAGAGUUAAGCCGGAGUCUUUAAGAUCAAAUUUUCAUGUAGAUCGUUGAUAAUCAUAAAGGGACACAAUUCGUUCAUUUCUACAACUGUGAAAGGUUUGUUAUAGUCGAUUUAUUAUCUCUUGUCGAUAGGUUUGUCGAUGAGACCAUGUGUCAAGUUUGUCGUCGGCAAUAUGCGUAAUUCGUCUCUCCUUUAUCUUUAUCGUUUCUCUUCUGUCUUAGUUUUAAUGCUAAUUUGUACCUCAGGUGCUCAUCUUACUGAGUGAAAUAGUUAAAGAGAUACGCGCUAUCCUAAGAUAAAUAGAUGCUGCUGGAAAAGCGAAGAAAUGCUAAUUUUAAACAGGAACAUUUCAGAGAUCUCAUGAAGUAAACAAAAUGUGCUCUCUAUACUGCUUUGAAGUAUCGUUGCUAUUCGUUUCGAUUGGCGUAACGAAAUUAUCAAUCGGGGAAAUAACCACAUGCAUUCCCAAAGAAUAUCGAGGGGUCCGACGAGAGACAUGGACUGGUCUCAACGGUGGCUGGUUUCUGACUCAUCUGACGACGAAUCCAAGAUAUCCAAACUACCCAACAAAUGUUGAAAUUCUUCCAACGUUCACACCGCCCAAAGAUUACGGCGAAUUUUACGGUCAGCGGUUACAAGCUUAUUUCGUGCCGCCUGUCAGUGGAAAUUAUAGUUUUUACGCCACGUGUGACUCAGAAUGCGCCUUCUAUUUAAGUUCGGACGAAACACAUGAGAACAAGAAAGAAGUCAUUCGAAUCGAUCAGCUGCACAGGACUAAGUAUGAACAGUGGGACAGAUUUCCUGAGCAAAUAUCCUGUUUUCAACAACUUGAGCAGGGAAAGUUGUAUUAUAUCGAGGCGAUACACAGUAAUUACCGUCGCAGUGAUCACGUGCGUAUUCAUGUAAAAUUUCCCGGAUCAAACUCUACGAGGCCAUUGGACAGAGAAUUCCUGUUUCUAUAUUCACCAGAUUCUUUUGAACAGACCACUUGUAUUUUAUUGAAACGGUGUGGCGUAACUUGUGGCGGAGGACUGGAAACUCGUAUCACUACAAAACCAGAUCAGUCGCAAGAAUGUGUGAGAGACGAAUCGAGCGUUUACAAGGAGGAUCCUUCAGUGCAAGUGCAGGUCUACAACAUUUCCGAAACUUCAGCUGUAGUGGCUUGGAAACCCCUUGAGCGUUCUUCAGCGAGUGUUUUUAAUUUUUCUGGAUAUAAAGUCAGUCUCAAAUCUGACAGAGAAAUUAGUCGAGAGAGACUGGUGAACAUGAGCAUUGACUCAAUGUCGUUUAAUAGUCUCAAGAUCUUCACCAACUACUGUGCCACGGUUGACCCACAAACAGCUUUUGGGAGUUUGUGGAAGGAGGAAUGCCUUUAUUUCAUAACAGAAGAUAGCACCCCAGACUCCCCACCUCAAGAUAUCACUGCAGUAAAUACAGAUAAAAACUCGAUCGUGGUGAGAUGGAAAUCAAUUCCAGAACAGGAUCGCAACGGCAUCAUCCUUGGGUUCAAACUCACGCACAUGAAAAUUAGUGCAACUUUGCAUAUGAAAAAACCAGUUGACGAAGAGGCAAAGUUGUGGCCUCGAUUUGAAACCAUUAUAGACGGUGACACAUAUGUGACAGUGUUAAGUAGCAAAGUGAAGCCGUUUGCUUGGUAUUGCAUCAAAAUGUUGGGAUUUACACGAAAAGGAGAAGGUAGAGAGAGCUCCUGUGUUUUUUUGCGAACAAAAGAGAGUGUGCCGAGUCGGGCGCCUAUAAACAUAACCACUGCACCUUUAAAUUCCACGGCAUUCUCCGUUAGCUGGCAACCAGUACCUCUAGAUCACGAGAAUGGAAUUGUUCUUGGCUACAAAGUACUGCUUUCAAGACUGAACACGGAUUUUAUUUUACUUUUGGAGGAGGCUGUAGAUGUGAAUCAGACUCAGAUUGUUUUAGAAAUAUCACCAGAAAUGCCAAGCGUUUGUGUCAAAGUUCUGGCUUUUACAAAGAAGGGAAAUGGAACAAAAAGCAGCUGUAUUGAAGGUUGGACGUGGUCCGAAGAAACUUUGUUUCCUGAUAUGCAAGCGAAUAACAACAGUAGUCCGACAGGCUUCACAAUUACAUGGAACAAACCACGUGAUGAAGUACUCAGUCAAUUGAUAUACUAUCACGUGACGUAUGAGGCAGUCGUUUUUGUCAACCAGCCCGUGAACUCAUCCCAAGUAUUUCUAAAUGUAAGCGCGGACUCUCUAGAAGUGUCGGUGUGAGAUCUGGAAACGUACACUACCUACAAAGUUACAGUAGAAGCUAUCACGAGAGAUGGCGAGUCGAAAAAGAAGAAAGUCAUUUUUACAAAAACAUGUCGCUGUCCACACCUUAUGUACGCAAACUGGGCCCCAAGCCCCCCGUACGUCUUAGAAGACCGCUCAAGUGGCGAACCACGUGGUCUUAUCCCAGAACUCCUUGCGCACAUGCUUCAAGCUUCGUGUGGAACGUGCUACAGCUACAAAGUGUGGAACAUCAGCUUCGCCAUAAACACAACAGAGAAGAUCACAGAACCGGACAGUAGAGUAAAGGUGGAUUUCCGGUUUCCUAUCAGAUCAGCAGUAGGACGAACUACUUACAGAGGCACCCACUCGUAUGUCCCCCUCAUCACAGUUCCAGGUGUGGCUCUGAUGACCAAAAAGAAGACGCCAUCUGGUUAUGCUCGAGAUCUGGGAAACUCAGUAAUGAGAUUCUCGUCUAUUUUCGCCAUUACCAUUGCGCUGGCGAUAGAAUCUGAACGCAAUGAUAAACAUUUCACUCAUCAUUUUCAUAGAGGUGUUGUUGAAGGAGUCUGGUGGUCUUUUAUUACCAUGACAACCGUAGGUUAUGGUGACAGAUAUCCAAAGACAAUUCUUGGCAGAUCUAUCGCCAUCGUAUGGUUUUUAACAGGGAUCGUUCUGUCGUCCCUCCUCGUUAGCUCACUAACAUCAUCCAUGUCUGUGCGGAUUCUUGAUCAAAAUUUCAACGUGGCUAAGGGAAAAAAGGUUGGCGCGCUGGCUCAAUUUCCUGAAUAUGACCUGAUCAUCAGAUUCAUAUCCAAGGCAGGCGAGAGUAAGACGUUUCUUACACUAGAGAAGCUAGUUGAUGCCCUGGAAGACGAAGAGGUUGAUGGCAUCUUAGUAGAUCUGUACACAGCAAGUUACAGGAGCGAUUUGUUUAAUGUCCCUUGGAUAGUUAUCAAUCAAAUAAUCCCUUUUGAGUUUACUUCUGGGGUUGUAAUAAGUAGAAGUGCAGUCAGGCUUAAGGAGCAUUUUCGCGAUUACAUUGAGACAAAGGGCACCGUGGCAGUUACAGAAGUGCUGAAGAAGAGAACAAGUGAAGAGGGGAAAGAGAAUAAGACCUCAAUUUACAAGAACGAGAUGAACCACAUUCCUCUGCUGGAUCCAAGAACACUUAUCUAUCAAGUGACAAUAUUCAUCCUUCUGGCUCUUCUAUUUCUGGCUGUGUUCAUGGGAUUGGUGUAUUAUUCGUGGUACAAGGGACUACAGAAAAGGCGAUAUCGGAAACAAGCCAAAGGAGAGAGACAAAGAGAAGAAUACAUCACGGCUAAAUUACAGUUACAGCAGUUGGUGGAGGAAUUUUAUCAACGGUUUUCAUUGAGAUAUAGAGAGCUGCGGUUAAAACAUCGAAAACAGCUUGAAUGUUUCAAAAUGGCGAACGCGGCAUCUACAAAUGGAAAAAUGCAGCUAAAUGUUCCCAACGGGCACUGGGUCUAGCGAAUCUUACCCACAUGACCACUCCAGAGUGAGGCUGUUAGUUCGAGUAGAAUUCUGGUUUGAAUGUUGGUUUAUUUGGACAAAUACGAAGAUGUUUUUUAAAGCCCUAAUUCUCUGUGAAAGUCGAAGAAGUUGAUGUAAACUCUCCGUGAAUAAACAUUUUGAGGCGAAUCCUAGUCUCCUCCCGAGGUCGUUUUGGAAGAAUUUUGAUUUCUUCGAGUAGCACUUCUCACCGAUUCUGCAACUCCGCCGUAAACCGCGAUGAUCAACCACUAUCGAAACCGAGUCAAAGAGUGACACCUGAGACGAGGUAGAUAGACGACAAAACACUCUCUGGAUACUCCAUCAAAUGGUUCUUUUACUAUUUUGAACUCAGAAAACUUCAUUUUCAUCGUGUUCAAUUGUCUCUUUAUAAACGCGCAAAAUAUUUUCGAAACCUCGAAUUAGAAGUCAAUUCAAGUUACUGUGCAUAAAACAAUCCAUUAAAACAUUCCUCGUGCAAUACCACCAUAUUUAACUGGGGAAAUUUUCUUUUCGUGACUAGGAAAUGUUAACAUAUGAAAAAAAAUGUAAAUUUAAUUGUAUUUGGAGAUGGCGCUUAAAUAGUGAUUUCAAAGCAAGCUUUUUCAGCCUAAUAACAUAACAUAUCUAUGGCGCCAAACUGGGUCAUUAAACCCAAUCUGUCAAUCAAGCGCUCAGCGAAAGGAUUUCUUACGUUAAUAAAAAGGAGGCCUUUUAUAACACUAAUUACAACGAAACCACACAUGAUAUUUACAACGGUGCUAAGGACGAGUCAAGAGAACCUCGAUGGUAUUAAAUAUUGAUUUGCUUGG